AUCACAUGCUGGGCGGGGCUGGCAAGGAAGCAGAUUCCUCCCCACCCCUUCCCUUCCUUCCUUCCAUCCAGCACAGCAAGAGCAGAGAGGGAGCGGCUGCGAACCCAGCACCAUGGCCAGCCUCACGGUCUACAGCACCUCGGUGACCGGCUCUAGGGAGAUCAAAUCGCAACAGAGUGAAGUCACCAGGAUCUUGGAUGGAAAGAACAUCAAAUACAACCUGGUAGAUAUCUCCCAGGACAAUGCCCUGCGGGAAGAAAUGCGGGCCAAAUCGGGCAACCCCAAAGCCAUUCCUCCCCAGAUCUUCAAUGGGGACCAAUACUGUGGGGACUAUGAGCUCUUUGUGGAAGCGGUGGAACAGAGCACCCUGCAGGAGUUCCUGAAGCUGGCCUGAGCGGGCUCUCGACCCCCACCCCCUCCUCCCCCCUCUGAAGCCUGCACUCUGCAUUCCAAACGGAUCGUUUCUCGCCUCGUAAGUCAUCGUGGUCCCUAUCCUGGCCCCUGUGACCAAACGCCGCUCCAGCUGCCUCCUGGGUUUGGUUGCCUGCUUCACUCUUGGUGUGCUCUCGAGGAGGGAAUCCAAGAGAGCCUGCACAUUCCUUCAGACACAGCCAGGCCUUGCUCCUCGUGCCUCUCUGGAGAGAGAACUCUUCCCAGUCCAGGACAUUGGGAAGCAGCACUUUCCCCAACCCUCUCUUCCUCUUUAAUGCCAGCCCUGCCCUUCAGAAGCAAAGGUCUGGCUGCUGCCUCCUCUCCUGUUGCAAAUGGUGGUUUUGCACUUCCUCUUUCAUUCCGACCCAGGCAGCGGGAGCAGCAGACAGCUGCUUUUUUGUUUUUGUUUUUUUGGUUUCCUAUAAUGCAAUGCAGCAGUGCUGGGCGAGCUUGUGGGCUUGAAACUUCCUUCUCAGCCAGAGCUGGGGUGAGGUUGUGUAUGUCUUUGAAACAACUUCAGUGCAGCCCAGGCUCUCUUUGGGAAGCCGUUCCGAGCGGGUGGGGGAGCAGACCGCCUAUUCCAUUAGUGCAUUCCCGCCAGCGUAGUGGCGUGGAAGCCAUCCCCUGGGAGAGGGCAGACAGCGGAGAUCUGUCCUGCUGUCAGCUCUUCACCCAAACUGGAGUGUUCCGCUUUGGAACUCGCUUUUUGCAAACAAGGACCAAGUGCAUUUUUGUGUUUCCUGCUAAAAGCAAAGUUUGUAAACAGCUCUCCCUUCUGAAUGCUAUUAAAUGUUGUUAAGAACCUC